AUGUCUACCGAAGCUCAAGCAAUGCCUGAUCCAUCGCAAAUGUUCGCCAUGAAACUCAUCCAAACACUCAACAAUGGCGCCCUAUGCUUGAUGAUAUCCAUUGGCCAUCGCACUGGACUCUUUGACACUCUCGCAACACUCUAUCCCGAAUACGUCUCUUCACAAACACUCGCCCAAAAAACCAAUCUCAACGAACGCUACGUCAGAGAAUGGUUAGGAGGCAUGGUAGUCGGGGGAAUUAUCGAAUACGACAGUGAAUCCAAAACUUACAGAUUUCCUCAAGAACAUGCGGCAUUUAUGACAAGAGCAGUAGGAAUUAAAAACAUGUGUGUCUUUUCCGAGUGGUUCCCAAUACUUGGAUCUUAUGAAGAUAAUAUCUUGGAAUGCUUUAAGAACGGUGGCGGGAUUCCGACUAAAGCAUAUGAGCGACUCCAUGAAGUGAUUGCCGAGAGAAGCCGAUUGACCGUUACUAUGCUGCAAAGUACUAUUCUCCCGGGUCUUCCUGGAGUACUUGAUAAACUCAAGCAAGGAUGCAACGUACUCGAAAUCGGUUGUGGACGCGGCCUUGUUACUCUUGAUCUUGCCAAGCACUUUCCAAAUUGUACGUUCCGCGGAUACGAUAUCUUGGAUAAUUUGAUAGCUGAUGCCAAUGCUGAAGCAGCGUCUUCUGGUCUUACGAAUGUCUCCUUCCAUGUUCAGGAUGUUUCUCAAAUGGAAGACGUCAACAAGCAUGAUAUUGUUAUUGGUUUUGAUGCUAUGCACGAUCUAGCUGAGCCGGCGGACGCAUUAAAAUGUGUAUAUCGUGCAUUGAAAGAUGAUGGAAUAUAUGCGAUGCUGGAUGUUAAUGCCUCGAGUGAUCUUGAGAAGAACAAAAGUCAUAUUUUGGGUCCUGCCAUAUAUACCGCAAGCUCAUAUCAUUGUGUGUCAGUCUCUUUAGCAGACGGUGGAAAAGGUCUGGGUGCGGCUUGGGGAACGGAACUUGCUUUGAAGAUGAUAAAAGAGGCUGGUUUUAGCAAGACAGAGAAUAUCCAGUUUCCUCAUGAUGCACUGAGUUGUUGGUUUGUGAAUAGAAAGUAA